CGACGUGUUGACCGGGAAAAAAUCAAAAGAAGCCAGCAAUUGCUUUUAAACCGCGAAGCGCUGAACAAGUACGGAGUUUGUAAAACAGUUAAUAUUUUUAGCAAGGUCCGUGCAAGCGUAGCCAAACAAGGAAACUAAUUCCAACGCUGCCGUGACACAAACUUCUGUACGAAAUUGAAAGUCAAAUGAAUUCUGUACAAAACUGUGUGUGUGCGUGUAAUUCAAGCGUCAAUUUGUCGAUGAUAAAAUUUGCCUGCGCUUAAUGUACACAUGUGUGUGUCUUCGUUGAGCAUAUGAGCCUGUGACUGUGUGCGUAUCGGUGUGAGCGUCGAGCAUAAGAAAGCAGCACAAAACAACAGCAAUAACAACACCAGGAAGACAACGACGCUUAGCGAAAGAGCGCAGGAAAGGAAAGAGCAGAAUCGGAAUCCAUUUUACAAGGCGAAGAAAGGAGUAGAAGAGACCACGCGAUGGCCAGUUUCCAGAUCCACCAAGACAUGAGCAACAAGGAGAAUCCGGGCAUUAAGAUCCCGGCCGGAGUGAAGAACGCCAAGCAGCCGCUGGCCGUAAUUGGAAAAUCGGAGAAGAAUGCGCUUGCGCCGCGGGCCAAUUUCGCCGUACUCAAUGGCAACAACAAUGUGCCGCGUCCGUCCGGGAAAGUUCAGGUCUUCCGUGACGUAAGAAACCACAAUGCCGAUGAGAAUGUGGAGUACGCAGCCAAGAAAUCGAAUGUGGUGCCCGUGGUGGAGCAAUUCAAGACCUUCUCCGUGUACGAGGACAACAAUGAUACCCAGGUGGCACCACCCGGAAAAUCCCUGGCCUCCCUAGCCGACAAAGAGAACCAACAUGCCGUGAAAUUCGAUGCCGGGCAAAAGGAGUUCGUGGACUACGAUCUGGAUUCAACGCCCAUGUCCGUGACUGAUAUUCAGUCGCCCAUGUCCGUGGACCGCUCCAUUCUCGGUGUCAUCGGUGGCACUGAAACGGGGGCCACGCCAAGUGGACGAGUCAAGGAGCUGCCGCCGCGCAACGAUCGUCAGCGGUUCUUGGAAGUGGUUCAGUACCAGAUGGACAUCUUGGAAUACUUCCGGGAGAGCGAGAAGAAACAUCGCCCCAAGCCACUUUAUAUGCGCAGACAGAAGGACAUCAGCCACAAUAUGCGCUCCAUCCUGAUAGACUGGCUGGUUGAGGUUUCCGAGGAGUACAAACUAGACACAGAGACGCUGUAUCUCUCAGUCUUUUAUCUAGAUCGAUUUUUGAGUCAAAUGGCGGUGGUGCGCUCCAAGUUGCAGCUGGUGGGCACGGCAGCUAUGUAUAUUGCCGCGAAAUACGAGGAAAUUUAUCCCCCAGAGGUGGGUGAGUUCGUGUUCCUCACCGACGACAGCUACACCAAGGCGCAGGUGCUACGCAUGGAGCAAGUUAUCCUGAAGAUUCUCUCCUUCGAUCUGUGCACACCGACUGCUUACGUCUUCAUCAACACCUAUGCUGUACUUUGCGACAUGCCUGAGAAGCUGAAGUUCAUGACCCUGUAUAUUUCUGAGCUAUCCCUAAUGGAGGGAGAAACGUACUUGCAAUAUUUGCCAUCACUUAUGUCAUCCGCCUCAGUCGCAUUGGCGCGUCACAUUCUGGGCAUGGAUGUGUGGACGCCACAGCUGGAGGAGAUCACGACUUACAAGCUGGAGGACCUAAAAACAGUCGUAUUGCAUCUGUGCCACACCCACAAAUCGGCAAAGGAGCUCAACACGCAGGCCAUGCGGGAAAAGUACAAUAGAGACACUUACAAGAAGGUGGCUAUGAUAGAAUCAGUUGAUAUGAGCAAGGACGACUUUGAUCAGCUCUGUGAGGCUUACAAUGACAAGCAGAAAGAGGAGCACCAGCCGGAUAUUAAUACUAAAUCGAACGUGAAUUUGUUUUAUAAGUUUUAAGUGUUUUGAGCCUCUGCCAUGGUCAAAUUGUAUAUUAGUUUAGUGUUUCAUGUAACAUUAUGUAGUUUCAGUUGUAAGUGUACACAUGCAUAAAUUGUAGUUCGGUCGUAUAAGAGCUCCGCAUUGGUUGGCCUGUUGGCAAGCUCCCGUUGCACGUGCCGGACAAUUUUACAUGUGAGCCAUAUAAAAGAUAAGUUCCCAAAAUAUACGCAUAAUUUGCGCUCUACAACAUCCGCGUCUGUCCACGGUGGGAGCUUGUCACGCCAGUGAGCAGUAGGAACUACGGCAGUCUUAGAAACCGACGAGCUAAUAGGAAAAGAGGAAGCCACCGGACAGCGAACAUAUUUUAUAUUUCAAACUCUGUAUUUUAAGUAUGUAUAUUUUCGUGUUUAUAAAUUGAACCGUACUAACGUAUACAAUGUGUCUACAGCAGAAACAGCUAGCUUCGAGAAUUAUUUUACCAUAUUUAUAUAUUAAUAUUUAGUCCAUGAAUGUUCUGUGAACUACAAAACAAAUAUAUAUAUCAUUUUUACAAAA